CCAAUAUUCAGGGUUCAACCGGGUGGACGCAUUUGCUUUGCAAGCAAACGGAGUUGCACAGUAUACUUUGUCCGCUUAUAUAGGUGGUACUUUUCGGAGUCCCACACGCCUUUCUCUCCCUCGGCUCUUCUGUUCAUUUUCGUAAAAACCCUAGUGCCCGCACACCGUCUCCAAUGGAUAUUGAGGAGGACAUUCGAGCGUUGCAGCUUGAUUCAUCUGAAGAUAGUGUGAUGGCUAAUGCACUGGAUUGCAAGCCUGAUGAAAUUGAAAAACCUGAUAAUGUCGAAGAAGAAGAUAGUGUGAUAACUAAUGCAGAAGAUGGGGAGCCUGUUGAAGUUAAGAAACCUGAUACAAUGGAAGAAGGUUUAAAGGAAGAGGUGUGUGCAAAUUCUAAGGCAGUGAAUGUGGAACCAAAAAAUGUCAUUGAAGAAGAUGCUGAAGAAGAGGUGGAAGAUAACAGGAAGCGACACUUAAAUGUUGUAUUUAUUGGUCAUGUGGAUGCUGGCAAGUCAACAAUAGGAGGGCAAAUACUAUUUCUUAGUGGUCAGGUUGACGAUCGGACAAUUCAAAAGUAUGAGAAAGAAGCAAAGGAUAAAAGUAGAGAGAGCUGGUAA